GUUCCAUGAAGUAUUUCGUUUAUGAGUGGAAACAAAGCAAUCUCGGCCUCACUCGGUGUGGCGUCUUCUAUACGAAGAAUCUUCGUGAAAGCGGCAAAAGGCUGUUGUAAACAGAAAGUCAAUAAAUGGGAGAUAAAUAUGGAAGCUUUGUAGUUUUUCCCUCUUGGUUUCGGUAGCGCAAUUUGUCCGGUCGCUGCGCAGAUGUUCUAUCUUUGAUGCUACCCCGCAUUACACACGGCCCCCUCCGUUCUGGGGAGCAUCCGCGGCCCCUUCCAGACUCAGUGAAACCUGCUGCCUAGCGGGUGAAACUUCCUCCGAGAAUAGCAGAGGAGCGACAAGAUUCGCAUCAAGUGGAGAAGAGCACGAGAUCGCCGUGACAGUUGUGGAUGCGCGGUCUCGCAAUGACGAAGUGUCAUCGAUUUGGGGCUGGACCAAUUACAAUCUGUUGCAGCUACUGAUGAAAUACACCGCUUAGACAAGCGACCAGCGCGUAUACGACCGACGUUGCAAGUACAACCAGCAAGGGCCUAAAGAAAGCGAAAGCCACCCUGACGGUGCGCCAAAGAGCUGGAGCUCUCGCUGAGGUUUGGGGGUACAUACAUAGUCAACUACACUAGAAUAAUCUCCGCACUGAAAGUACGGGAAGAGCACGAGGACCUCCCACGAGAGCAAGAGCGCCACCAGCAUCGACAAGGUCAAGGAUUUUACGACGAAGAAUUUGGAAAUACACAACCAAUCCGAGGUAAAGGCUCGGUCCAGAGCCUGAAAAGCGGAAGCCGAACGCAGAGCCAAAGCGGAAACUCAAUCGUAUGAACCCCUCAGCUGUAACAAUCUCAAAAAUGCAAAGACCGUCCGUAAAGGAAAACAAACCAAAAGAAAAGUCUAUUUACUACAGCUUUACAUCAUAUUUAUCUCUGUCCGUGUAUACGUGCAUUUCGGAGCUGCAUAGAGUUGUCGAGCAAUACAAUAGCUCAGAUAGACCUAGUCCCAGUCAGCCAAUCCGAGUUGAUUUUGCAUCUUCAACUUCUUGUUCCUCCAGUUGAGAUUGUACCAGCGGAGGUUUCUACUUGCAUAGAUCGGAAAUGUCCGCGACAGCGAGUCGGUAUAGCGAGAUAGCGACGGGGGAGAAGACGUCACCGAAAAAAAAGAAGAAGAAGUAUGAGAUCCGGCAAGUGCAGAUGAUGCCCGACCGGAUGUACACUGGGCCGGUGAAAGUGUCGUCAAUCGGGGAGCAGGUGCUGGAGGUAUUCUCUGCAAAAGUAUCGUAGGCCGUGUACAAGAUCGAGGAGAGUUGGAGCUUUGUUUUUGCAUGGCACGUCGUCGUAAGAAAUAACAAAAAGUCAACUUUUUAUUGACCCAGCAUGGAUACAACCAGCAGUUCAUCGAGUUCGUGACGCAACUUGGAGAAAAGUCACGUGCUGUAGCGCGAUACUUGUGCGAUGCAUAGUUUGGCACUGGCAGCUACCACUGGGAGGGAGCGGGCAUCUACUACGAAGGUCCCUUUCGCAAUAGCCAGAUCCAGGGCCACGGGACCUGCCGGUGGAUCGACGGGCGAUGGUACGACGGAGACUUCGUGGAGGGCUACCGUACCGGUGAUGGCCUCUUUUUUGCGGCCGACGGCAAUUGCCGCUACAAGGGUUCGUGGCUGAAGGGCAAGCGGCACGGGUACGGGGUGAUGGUCUACGCGAAGGACUCGGAAUUCCACCCCAGCCUCCCCAAGUUAAAGCCCCGAAAGUCCUCCUCGUCGUCCACCACGCAGCUGGACCCCCAACCCUCCACGGCAUCAGGAGGACCCGCUCCCGAGGACCUCCAGACCCCCGCACCAAAAAAGAAGGACGAAGUGGACUCCGAGCAGUAUGACAAAGCCUUCGAUUGCGCCGAGUACCAGUCCUGGUACAUUGGACAGUGGGAGGGCGGACUCAAACACGGGUAGUGAAUUUAUUUUGUAUGAUUUAUCGUAAUAUGCUUCUCCUUGUGCGCUUGUAGAUGUGGCAGGACACGGCUCGUCCUCGUCGCGGUUGCGUUUUGUCCUUGCGAAAAUCCAUUUGACAAGUCUGCUGUUGGUCUCGCUGCGCUCGAAUCAAAAAAUCGAGAGCUUCUACUUUGAAACAUUGCUAAUACAACUCCAGCUAACCAUGAUGUUUUAUUUAUUCUGGAGUGAGCCGUUUUGAGUUUGACACUUGUAUUUUGUACGCACUUUUUUCUUUAUUUUUGACUGCACGCGCGGAUACUUAAUUGAUGCAGUGCCUCUGCCUGCGUGGGUUUGUGAAUGUUUUUCAACUUCAAUACAGUAAGGGGAUGCAGCAGUGGCGCAAGGGAGUCGUAUAUGACGGGUAUUGGGCGGAGGGGUACAUGAAAGGAAGCGGCAGCAUGACAUGGAAAGAGGACGGGCGGGUCAACGAGAGCUACACCGGACAGUGGUCAAGCAAUCUACCCGAUGGAGAGGGCUGCCACAUGUGGGAGGCACUCAACAACGCCAAGAACGAAGUCGACAAGCACACCUCGCAGCAAAUGAACAAUCGCUAUGAAGGACAAUGGAAGGCAGGAAAGCGGCACGGGUAGAAAAGUUUCUGUUCCUGCUGCAAAAAGAGCAUGACGACAUUUUGGCUCUUAUAUUUCGUGUACUUGUUCAUGAUGUUUUCGUUUCCGAUUGCGAUUGAUAUUCAAUGUUGCGCACUUCCACUGCCCUUUUAACGCUCUGCCCACUGCCCUGUCGAGGUUAGUCUAAUCUACGAAAUAAUAACCAUACAGCUUUGGGGUUUUUCAUUAUGCAAACGGAGCAAAAUACGAAGGCCACUGGGUGGAGAAUCUCAAACAGGAUGACAACGGGCGAUUUACCUUCGAAGACGGUUCAGUCUACUGUGGCGCCUUCAGGAAUGACACGAUGGUAUACUCCAAUCUGCAGUGAAAUUAAAUUUCUGAUGAUGAGGUUCCGAGUUUCCAAUAUUUACUUUCUGAAUUGACAACACAUAAAAUUCGAUCACUACAACCACGCUAGUACCAACGCAGAAAAGUUAAAGUGGUACGCCAUGGUAAUAGGUACUACGCAGCGGUAGUAGAGACAGAAUUUUGUAGUCGAAAUGCCAACUAUCUUCUUGACACCGAAUUAGGUCAAUCCGCCACGGGGGAAAGCCGUAGCAAAAACAACUUUGAACAUCGGGGGUGAGGACAACCCCGUGCGGCUGUGCAUCAGCAUACAGGACCUUGUGGUCUUCAUUAAGGAGGACCCCACACGCGUCGUGAAGGAUCCCCUCACCGGCAGCUACAACUUGCUUCUCCGCUACAUGUCGGAGACGAAGCAGAUGUACCUGCGGUACCGAAAAGUCCUCAAGUCCGACGACGACGAUCCCUACGUGCUAACACUUUUGCAGUUCUGGUGCUUCGCCAAGGAUUUUAGAUUGGUAGGCUAGUUAUUUUUCGUCAAUCUGAGUUUUAAUGUUUUCAUUGCCCUGUACUCGGUACUUCUACUUUGCUCAUUGCUCUAUCUGCUUGCGAUAGUGUGAUGAGCAUGUCAUUAUCUGAUAGAUCAAGAUCGACUUUCCCAUCCGAGGCUCAGCCGUAUCCUUUUUUUUCACGCCAAAAUAAAAGUUCGACAUUCGCACCCAAAAAUUAAUAUUCCAGCUUUCUCCUGUUUGCAGUCUAGCGAGGCUCACACGGUGGCUCGUCGGGGGUCCAAGGUGGCACAAAGAAAAGUGUCCAACUGAUUUCAACGUUCUGGAGCAUCCGGGCGACCUUAUUGACAAGGAGCUUGGAUACGCACGAAAAAUUGGAGAUAGUUAUCAGGUAUUUACCACUGAGCCUGAAUUUCCCGUAAAAUUUUGUAAAAUUUGAAUUAUCUCCCAUACCUAUUGACACAGGGUGAGCUGAUGUAUGACAAGAAGUUAAUGCAUAAUAAAUUAUCAUGCCUGGGGCUUUGCCUUUGCCUUAUUUGGCUAUCUCUUUUAACCAGCACGCGGUUUGUCACAUGAAAAUUGGGCGGUUGAAAACAAACACUACAGAUACAAGACGCGCACGAAUACAACGUCACGAUGUUAUUUCGACACUUUCUGGAAGGGCUGACACGGGUUGCGAUUGCGCGGUAUCCCUACCUGUGCGAUCUGGAGAAGCAACUAGAGAAGCUGUUCAAAGAGAACAUCAAACCGCUCCUGCUGGUACCCUCUACGUCCUUUGCGACUUUCGACAUGCUUCGGGCGCCAGAAUGGAAGGUGGUGCUGGACCAGCACCGCCCGCAGCUGUGGGACUUGUUUUGCGGGACGAUGUGCAACGGCACGGGCGCCUUCGGCGGUAGUAGCAGCAGUUCAAGUUCCAGCCGCCCACGAAGCGACACCGUUACGGCAGGAGGGCUGUUCGACCCCGCCGGCACCUCGAAGUUCGUCAGUAACAGUCGUCGCGCGCACAUUAAUGGACGGCAGAUCGUGACGACGACCUUCAAAAAGGUCUUGCAGCUGUGGAAGCGAUUGGGCCUCUUGAAAUCGAGGCUAAACCUCGUGGUAGACCUGAAUUCGGCGGUCAUUCCCGCGCUCUUGGACGAUGUAGAAGGCGACGACGACCUGGGUAUUCUGAAGCAAAGCAUCACCCGAACGCAACUGAACCGGGGCUCCCUCAACUACAAGGAGGAAAAAAAGCAAGGGUACGGAAGAAUUACGUGAUUGUUAGUUCUUGAUCUUGAAGACAAAUACCAUUGAAGGAGAUCUCGGUAGCAGGUUUUUUGUUUUCUUCAUUCUACUAGUUCUUUUGUACUCUUCUUAAUCAGACGCCGCAGCAUCAGGCGCGUGCUGUGACAAAAAACAUGGAAAGCUAAAGUUGGCAAAGAAACAUUUCCACUUUCAGGUUAAACGCCCUCUUUGCGAACGCCACGGGUGCUGUAAGAAAUGUAAGUCAACAAGGUUGGGGCUCACAGUUUCACUUUCUAGGCCCGCCUUAAGAGUAGUGAGCGAGCGGGCUCUUUUGUAUGUACUUUUUUACUGUGUGCUGCUCGUCAAAACGACAAUACUUUAUUGGCUUAAUAGAUGGCUAAUGCUUCCUAUUAAAGGAAGAGGAUGGAACAAAAGCGGGAGUUCUCCCCCUGGACAAAGCAAGCAUGCUUGUGCAUCCGCCAGCACUUGCAUUGGCGGAAGCGCACACGUCUCGGGCGCACCACAAAUGAUGAUGAAGAAUCAGAAAAUGGACGAAAGUGAGUCUGUCUCAUAUUGAUUGAAAAGGGUAGCAGGAAAGAAGAAACACAAACAAAUGUAGUGACCCCUACUAGCUUCAUUGUUUCUUUGCAUAACUCAAGCCGGAAUACACUCGCGCGGAUCGAGGUGAAGGCGUGGAGUGCACCCAACAGAUGGCGACGGACAUAAAUUGGAUUAUGUCGUUGGCUCCCAUGCUGGAGUGCAUGAUGGAUUCAAUGCACCCGGGGACGGUAGCGGCUCUCCGGUGGCAUGCCUCGACGGCGGGAGACUGUAGAACAAAGAUUAUUUGAUGUUCAUUUCGCUUUCUCGGUGUAGACGCGCCAAACGAAAAAGAAUGAUAAGAUAUUCAGAAGCUCAACACUGCAACCAUGAAUAAAACCGACCAACGUGCAGAUAUCGGGAUAGCGGAUUUUCUGGAAACGGAGAUAAAUUUCUCGGAAUUCCUGUUGUUUCUGAAGGAGUACUCGAUACAGGGGUGCCGCAACCCCGACGGUACCGACAUCCUGAACGGGGUCUUCCAGGAGGACAAAUUUGACGCCUUUGUGAAGUGGGUUUUUCUGCCCAGCACAGAGUCACCAUAUGUGGACCCGACGCCCCCACCAGUGGUGCCCGACGCCGAUCCCAACGAGGGCAACGCAGACGACGGCGACGAAGACGGCGAGGAGGACGGCGAGAAGAAGGAGGAAGAAGCAGAAGAGGACGGCGACGAGGACGGAGAGGUUUGCAUGGCAAUUUGAAUUUCUGAUACAUCCGCCUCCUGCAAUUUCAUUCUUAUUGACCGAGAAAAUAAUGUAGAAGUAAGUAGGAUGAGCAGUAUAGUAACCGUGACCACCAUCAGCUUAGGCAUGCAGUAUAGUAACCGUGACCACCAUCAGCUUAGGCAUCCGCAUCCUGGGAGAGGACAAGGUCUUGUGUGGUUGUGGCAGAAUCAAUCCCGAUCUUCUCGUUUUGAACUGGCCACUCCGACCUCGUUUCAAACAGAGAUGUGAUGCGAUUGGCUCCGUCUCCGAGCAUUUAUGAAUUUGAAUGCUUGUUCAUUUUUGCAUGUAUGUUUCUGCCUCUGUCUGCUCCUGCGGAAAACGAAGAACUGAGCACAAAUAAAAUCUUACGCAGGAAAAGAUUUACGACAUCAGAAAAAUCAUGUGUCUGCGUUCACGGUAAAUGGUAUCAGCUUCUGCAUUCAUCAUGAUUUGUCACAGGCAUAAUUUCAAGAAUUUCAUUUGUUUUACGAGUAUUACGGCUGAUGUGCUGUCUCUUUUUCUUUGUCCCAAGCGAAGGGCGUACGGGUCGUCGCUGGCACUCUCGGGACAGGAACGCCGUGCAACGCCACAGGCAGAGCAAAGUGCUACUUCAUCUAUUUUUGUUGUACUUGGUUGCAGAAGAAACUGAUAUGUACACCCGGUGAUCAGACACUUUCUCUUCUCUGCAUACUGGCGAGGAUGAAGACGAAGCAGAGGAACGGCGUGCACAGCUUGAAAGGGAACGUGCCCUGGCGGAGGAUACAGUUGAGGUCGAUAUGUAUCUCCCCCACGCCGCUGUGGAGCCAGCCCAGUAUCGCAUCUUUCCCGACUACUACAUAAAAUCGCUGCACGAGUGGAAAUCGUGA